AUGCUCGCACAACGGAUGGCUAUACGCCGGACGUUCUUCUCCGCCACCAAAGGCAACAAACACCGGCUCACCAAAAGAGUCGCUGUUUCGCCUCUGCUUCUCUUUGAGGUGGUGUCGGAUGUGGCUCGCUACAACGAGUUUGUUCCGUUUGUCACGCGGUCGUUUGUCGAUGCCAGAAACGAGCAGGGACUUCCAACGCAGGGUGGGUUCCGUGUAGGCUGGAAGGAUUUCGACGAGGAGUUUGUGUGUAGACUUAGUUGUGUAAAAGACAAGAGCAUCGUGGCCGAGUCGUUGACGGAGCUGCUAUUCACGCAUUUGCGGAACGACUGGCAGUUUCGCCCGGUCAAGAGCCGGCUGGAGGGGACGCUUCAUACGGUGGUGGACUUUACGCUUCUGUUUCUGUUCCGGAAUCCGUUGUACAAUAGUGUGUCGUCGAUGUUCCAGGAACGGGUCAGUCAAAUCAUGAUCGAUGCUUUUGAGAAGCGGGCUCGGGAACUAGAGGAUAGACAGAAGCAGGUGGAGGAGUAG